AUGACCUCGCCUAGCAACAGAAUAAGCUCUCCCAACACAAACCGUAAGCGUGCAAGGGACGAGCCAAGUCCGCGGAAGCCAGCAAAGCGACAGAACACUCAUUGGGCAACGUCCAAUACAGCCAGUCAAAAUACCGUUUCUAUUACGCGUCGCAUUAAUGAAUGCGAGACUCGUUUACAAACCCUCGAAGCUGAGCAUGCGGUGCUAUCUCAAGAUGGAGACCCCGAUACUAUCAGUAGGGCGAAGAGGCUGCUGGGUGCUACUGCUAUCAGACGAGGAACAGCUGCUACAAAACUGAACAAGGUUAAAGAAGCAAUCAAGCAGAUGGCCAAAACAAUCAGAGACUGCCACGACGUCGUCCCAGCACUGCUUCACCAAGCCCUCAAGGCAAGCCAGACCGACUACAACAGUUCUGAGGGCGAGCUACAGGAGAUCAAAAGGCUCGAGGCCGAGCAGAUACAACAGCUCAAAGACACUGAACUCAAAUAUCGCCAAGCUGACUCCAAACGCAAAGAAUUGAGCAAGCAGAUCGACAGAUGCAAACUCAAUCUGCGAAGAGCUGAGUGGGACCUCGACAACGCCCUUUUGCAACAAAGGAUUGACGCUCUCAGCCAUGUCGAUGUCUCUACGCUUGCAUUCAAUGAGCGACUUCGAGUGUCAAAGCUUGUCCAGCAGAUAGCGGAAAUUGUCGAUUAA